GUGGUCUUCGUGGGCCCCCUGCCCGCGCAGCGGCCGCGCUUUUCGCUGUGGGCCCUCGGGGCCUCGCUGACGCGCGCCGGGGUCCUGGAGCUCUCGGCGGGCGGGAGAGCCUGGUGGCGCGCGUGCGCCUGGCGGGCCCUUGGCGGGGCCCCCUGGACCUGGCCGUCGGGUCCGCGACGGCGGGGGCUGGGGACGUGGACUUCGCGGGCGACGUCUUCGAGGCGCGCGUCUGGCCCGGCCUGGCCGCGGACGCCGCGGCGCUCUCCGGCGGCGCCGGCGGCCUGCCGGCCCCGCCCUUCGGGUGGCUCCUGGGGG